AUUCUGCGGAGAUCUAAGAAGGGGUGGGAAAAAAAUCUCCUAAAAUAUUACUAUUUGUCUAUAUGUGGAAGAUGAGAAAUAAAAACACUGUGAACAUCACAAAGGUAGAGUAGCUAAAAAAAAGGGCAACCUGGGUCACAUUUGUCCCUUUUCACUUUCCGUAGAAGUAGCUCGUUUCUCACAGGCGAUCCAUGCGACGUUUAGGGGAAUACAAAUCUUCAAUAUUUGUUUUUUUGCGCGUAGUGACAGCCGUUUAUUGCUCAGCCUUCUUCAUCACCUGACGCCUCUUCAAGAACAGAAAAGAUGGCAGACCAGGCGCCCUCAGUUGCCAUGGAGGCUGUCCUGAAGCCUAGCUGCGACCUCCCCAAGGACAUGCCGAAAAUCAGAGGUUAUGACUUCAACCAGGGAGUCGAUCUCCAUGCGGUGCUGAAGUCCUAUCUCACCACGGGUUUCCAGGCCAGCAGCUUAGCCCUGGCUAUCCAGGAGAUCAACACCAUGAUCGAGAAGCGUCUCGAACCAGUGGAGGAAGGGGAAGGAAAUGAGUCGGAAACCCCAAAGUCAGGCUGCACCAUCUUCCUGGGUUACACCUCCAACCUCAUCAGCUCCGGAGUCAGAGAAAGCAUCCGCUAUUUGGCGCAGCACAAAAUGGUGGAUGUGAUUGUAACCACAGCAGGAGGCGUCGAGGAGGAUUUAAUCAAGUGCCUGGCUCACACCUACCUGGGAGACUUCAGCCUCCCCGGCAAGGAGCUCCGCCUGAGAGGCAUCAACAGAAUUGGUAAUCUGGUGGUGCCCAACGAUAACUACUGUAAAUUUGAAGACUGGCUGAUGCCCAUCCUGGACCAGAUGUUGCUGGAGCAGAACACAGAGGGCACCCGCUGGACUCCCUCCAAAAUGAUCCACCGACUUGGAAAGGAGAUAAAUAAUACAGACUCUGUCUACUACUGGGCGUACAAGAAUAACAUCCCGGUGUUCAGCCCCGCUCUGACAGACGGCUCUCUUGGCGACAUGAUCUACUUCCACUCGUAUAAGAACCCCGGCUUGAUUCUGGACAUCGUAGAAGAUAUUCGCAGGUUGAACAGCCAGGCGGUUUUCGCCAAGAGGACGGGGAUGAUCAUCCUGGGAGGGGGGCUGGUCAAACAUCAUAUAGCCAACGCAAAUCUUAUGAGAAAUGGAGCUGACUACGUGGUGUAUGUGAACACGGGGCAGGAGUUUGAUGGCUCCGACUCGGGGGCCAGACCUGACGAGGCUGUAUCUUGGGGCAAGAUCAGAACAGAUGCCAAACCUGUUAAGGUAUACGCCGAUGCUUCUCUGGUGUUCCCUCUGAUUGUGGCCGAGACCUUCGCUCAACACGUCGACAAGCUGGCCGCCGGCAAGAAAACGGAUUAAUUGGCUGCUCUGUUAGAAACGACUGUCUUUGCUCCUCUGGUUUACCCCUUUUGUUUGUCAAACUGAACACUUCAGCCUGAUCCUGGGUCAGCUUCAAGACUGUGUACUGUCAUACAUGCAGUGCUGCAACUGAACGACUUAUUGAAUGGGAAACGGUGGUGAUGCUUUCCUGUUUUAAUGCUUUCCAGUAUUUACUUGUUUGAACAAGUACAGCAUUUUUUUUCUUACUGUUCAGACAGCUGAAAUGUCAUAGAUAUCAUGCUAAUGCAUGCACCAAAGAGACUGUUAUGUCUAUAAUGCAACUGGUUUUAGCUGUCGUGUGAGUGUGUGAAAGGAAGUCUAGAUAGAGUUUUUAUUUAUUUCAGUUUAGUUGUGGCCUCACACACAAUCCACUGCUCGAUAAUUCUUAUUGUCUAUUAUAUUAAGCAAACCUUUACUUUCUUGUCAUGGUUACAGGAUGAAAGAUGUCCCUGUAUGUCUUAAUAAACCAUGAAGUCAUCA